GUGGCGAGUCACUAUUCAUUACUUAACAAGAUACUUUCAAUGAUUAGAAUCAAAGCUACUUAAUCAACUAUCGUUAGUGAUAAUCAAACAUCAGUUGACCGGUGACCGCGAGAGAGCUGAACGCCUCUACAAUAUACACAACGCAUUUAAGAUUUACGAUUACAUUUACGUGCUCAUGGAUAAUUUUAAAAUUGUUGAUUUUAUUUCCUUGGACAACGUAGUUCAGAAUUUAUUGCGAAAUGCAUCGGAAAUACGGAAACGAGCCUACUGUCCGUACUCAAACUUUGCUGUUGGAGCUGCAAUUCUCACAGAAGAUUCGAAGGUCUAUACAGGAUGUAACAUAGAAAACUCUACCUUGAAUCCUUGUAUCUGUGCCGAAAGGACGGCUAUAGCGAAAGCUGCUAGUGACGGGUAUUUAAAGUUAAAAGCAGUGGCUGUGGUUGCUCAUCAAAAGAACAGUUUCACGGCGCCCUGUGGUAUAUGCAGACAAACUCUAAGCGAAUUUCGUGGUUCGAGCGGCGACAUAGAAAUUUAUUUGUGCAAGCCAUCUAUGGACAAAGUCUUGUGUACAAAAAUAUCCGAAUUGUUGCCACUGUCAUUUGUCAGUUAUAAAAAAGACAGUAUAAAUACGGAGUAAGAUAUUCAAUAAAUAAAUUAUUAUUUUAAAAAUCAUUAACAAGUUUAGUUUUGUGUAUACUAUUAAUUUGCAGUAUUUUAUCCUUAAACAAUAAUCUUGAAUAUACUGAUAUAUUUUUAGACUAAAAUACUGGCGAGUUUAUAAAUUUAUCGGAUGAUAUUAUUUAACUGUAAUUUAUUUUUUAUGCAUCAGAAAACUUUUCGUUAUUCUAGUUUCAAAUUUUGGCAAGAAAAGCAGGAAAAAAUUAAGUAAACAUUUUGAAGUAAAAACCCCUUUUUAUUA